AGAAGAAACAGAGGAGGAAGAAGAAAAAAGAAGACGGAAGACAUUUUGAAGUAGACGAUGGUGUUGUUAGAGUCGUUUUUAUCUGCUAGAGUCUAGAGUCUUCUGCAUGUUGCUAGAUUUUUGGGAUAUUUGGAAACCUAAAGUGAUAGUUUUCUUUCUCGUAUUUGAUAUAAAUCUAUAAAUAAUCAUUGAGGCUUCAGCAGGCUUAUAUUAGCAAUCUUUGCCAGUGUGGGUGCGGCUCACGCUAAUAGUCGACAAUCCAUCGAGAUUUUGCAUUUACGACAUUGACGGAAUAUCUUCAUUAAAUUUGUUGCUGGAAUCAACUGCAUCAUGGAGAACAUUUUAAAAGACGUUAUUGUAUAUUUACUCCUCUGCGGUGUGUUUGGUGAUCCAGAUAAAGUGACUUCAGUGUAUGAGGGAGACUAUGUUACCCUACCAACUAAUACUACUAUACAGAGAGAUGACAAGAUAAUGUGGAGGUUUGAAGAAGCAGGCUCUCCCAAUCUUCUAGUUCAAAUGCUUGGAAAUAGGAUCUCGUAUAAUGAUUUUGUUGAUGGAAGAUUUAAAGACAGACUGCAGAUAUUAGACAGUAAGAGUGGAGAUCUCACCAUCAAGAACAUGAGAACCAAACACACUGGACUCUAUGAAGCAGAGAUCAACACCGGCACUGGAACAUCAUACAAGAGAUUCAGAGUUGUUGUCAAAGAGUCUCCUUCUGUUAUUAAUGCUGGACCAAGUGGAGUAGCAUCUUUUACAGUGAUGGAGGGUGAAUCUGUUAUUUUACCCUGUAAUGUUCAAACACAGAGAGAUGCUCUGAUACUGUGGAGGUUUGGAGAUGAAAGUGUUCUCAUAGCUGAAGUUGAUAUGGAGGACAAUAAAUCUUCAGUAUAUGAUGGCACUGAUGGGAGUUUCAGAGACAGACUGAAGCUGAAUGAUCAAACUGGAGAUCUCAUCAUCACUAACAGCAAACCUGAACACAGUGGACUUUAUCAGCUGAAGGUCAGCAGUAACAAACAAACCUUAUACAAGACAUUCAGUAUUACUGUCAGGGGAGCUGGUUUGUCUUCAGGUGCUGUAGCAGGAAUAUGUGUUUUCUUCCUCCUGGUUAUUUUGGCUGGUACUGCUGUGGGUGUAUUUUUGUAUCGCCGUAAGAAAGAAACAGUUAUAAUGCCAGUGUUUGAAGGAGAUCCUGUCAUUCUACAUGGUGCUGAUAGUGAACUACAGCCAGGGGCUCAGAUAGAGUGGAAGUUUAAAGAUCAAGUGAUUAUGACUGGAGAGAUGAAAAAGGGCAAAGGGAUCCAUGUAACUCAUCUUGAUGAUCAGCAAUUCAAUGUCAGACUGGAAUUGAAUCCUUAUUUUGGAUCUCUUAUCAUCAAAAACAUUUCAAAGGAGAACAUGGGACUCUAUGAAGGAAACAUCACCUACAAUAAAGAAACAUCACGCACCAAAUUCCAAGUUAAUGUGAUUGAUAAAAUUGUGUCAGUGUCUGAAGGAGAUCCUGUCAUUCUACAUGCUGCUAAAAGUGAAGUACAGCCAGGGGCUCAGAUUGAGUGGAAGUUUGAUGGUCGUGUGAUUAUAACUGGAGUGAUGAACAAGGAUAAAGGGAUCAAUGUAAUUAAUAGGAAUGAUCAGCAAUUCAAAGACAGACUGAAUUUGAAUAAUGCAGUUGGAUAUCUCACUAUCAAUAAAGUUUCUAAGAAGGACACUGGACUCUAUGAAGUAAACAUCACCAAAGAUGAACAAACAUCACGCUUUAAAUUACAUGUUAAAGUGACAGGCAUAGAUCCUUUAAACCGCCUGCAAGGAGAUAUGACAGUGACUGAAGGAGAUCCUGUCACUAUACCCGGUGAUGAAAGUGAAGUACAGCCAGGGGUUCAGAUAGUGUGGACGUUUAACAAUCGUGUGAUUAUAACUGGAAGGAAGACAAACGACGAAGGGAUCUGUAUAACUUAUAAUGAUGAUCAGCAAUUCAAAGACAGACUGGAAUUGAAUCCUAAUGUUGGAUCUCUCAUCAUCAAUAACGUUUCAAUGAAGGACUCUGGAUACUAUGAAAUAAUGAUCGCCAACGAUGAAGAAACAUCACGCACCAGAAUCAGAUUUAGAGUGAUUGUUUCAGCAAGAACCAAUAGAAAUGAACCGACGGCUGUAGUUCCUCUGUUGAAUAAAGCAGAAGUUUGAUAAGGUGAUAGAUGCUCAACGUCAUGAGUGAUUCAUCAUCAACAUCUACAGUAACAAUUCAGUUUUACUGCAUUCAUGAUCUGUUCUGCUAAAAUAAGAAAUUAACCCUUUGUGUGCUCUUGAGCUCAAGUGAUAAAACCUUUUUAAGGUUUAUGAUAAUAAACAGUGAAAUCAACUUUCAUUUAUUUGCCGUCCACAUUGAUCAAUGAUCAGAAUGUGUUUGUUUGUUUUAUUUUAUUACAUUUAUAUGUCAUAUCUGUUACUCACCUCCCAUCAUAUUAACAGUUUGACUCUGAUAUCUUUGAUAUUGUGUGAUUAUAAACAGUAUUACUUUAAUAUCUGAUGAUGAUGAGGAUGAUGAUAUACAUUACAUACAGUAAGAUGAUCUGUGUGUACACCUGUAGUCUUUCUCUAACCUGACAAUCUGAUUUUCUGUUAAACAUCAAAAACAAAUUCAUGUUGAUCUGUGUGUUCAGUAAAGCUGAUAAUCUGUCUUUAUUAUUAUGAAGGAGAUUAUAAAAGUUCAGUGUGUAUUUACAUCAUUGAUAAACAUUUUACGUUAUUUAGUGCCAAUUCACUUUGAGGUUUUGAUGUUUUUAUUAUUCAAGUUCAUAUUCAUUUAGUUUUAUAUUUUUCAUUAUAUUUUGCUACAUUAACUACUAGUUAUGCUUAAAUAUGUUUCCUUAAGUAAAUAUGUUCUGUGAUCAGAUCUGAAUGUAAAAUUGUAAAUAUGAAUUCAGACUCUCAGUACAGAUAAAAAAAAAACUUUCAUAGCACUUGACUGACUAACACAACUGAUUUUACUCAUAAGAUAACUAAUCUUACUAAACUGCACCAAAGUUUCUGCUUUAGGUUUGUAAUCCUGUAUUAAAUCUGACUUGUAGUGUGUUGAGAUACAUGAAUCUUUUCUGCUUGUUAUGAAUCUCUUUUUUUCCACUUUACAGCAUGUAACCGUCAUUUAAAUGAAUACAUAUACAUGUAACCGUAUUGAUAAAGUUAGUUUUGUCUAAUCAUUUCAGUUCUCGAGUGGAUAAACGCUGAUUAUCUUGCUUUUAAAGGGAUAGUUCACCCAAAAAUAAAAAUUCUGUCAUCAUUUACUCACUUUCAUGUUGUUACAAACCUGUAUAUAUUUCUUUGUUCUGAUGAACACAAAGGAAGAUAUUUUGAGAUGUUUGUAAUCAAACGGUUUGUGGACCCCAUUUACUUCCACAAUAUUAUUUUAUUCCUACUAUGGAAGUGAUUGGGGUCCAUGAACGAUUUGGUUACA